AUGAGCGGCAAUAAAACACAUUCGGUACACUUUGAUCCAUCCGUAUGUGUCGAUCAAAGCAGUGAGCGCUCAACUGCAGCACCGAAACUUGGUGGUGUGUCUACUAUCGUCCCAACACCUGCUGCUCUCCCUGUGAAACGCAAUGGUGUUGUACGUAAGAUCAUGCUACAGACAAUUGGUGAGCAGUUUGAAGACACGACAGUAGCUACGGUGCAGAGCUUUGUGGCUAGUAUUGAGAAUUACUGUGCAAGUACUGAGAGCUUGGCUAGUCUUGGAAAGUCAUUGUAUACGUCAUCUGCUUUAGUAUUUGUAGUCGACGAAGCUAUGCGUGUGAUCCUUUGGAAUGAUUGCGCUAUUAAAUUAAGUGGGUACUUACGAGAUGAAGUCGCUGGUCGCAAUCUUAUCAAGGAGCUACCGCAUCUCAUUCUUCCUGCUUCUGCUACUGUGCUGAUUGAUGCAUUGGCUCAAUGUGUGAAAGGAUCUGCUGUAACUGGAAUUAUACUAGAGCUUGUUACGAAAGAUGAGAUGAAGCUUACACUGCUGGGAUCGUGUACACCUUUAGUAGGUAAUCCGAUUGGAGCAGGUAUGCUCGUUGUGGCACAAGAUCUAACCCAUCUGUCUUUGAAAACGGUCAACGAGACUACACUCGCAACGACACCGGCUGUGCUGAAUCAAGCAUCUAAAAAUCAUCCUGUUUUAAAUUCAACGCAAGCGGUGGCGACUGCUGUCGUGCCUCUUGUGACCGUCGCAGUAUCCAAAGCUGCAGCAAUUCCAUCGUCACUUCCAGCUGCAAUGACAUCGAAUGCAUCGACAAUUCCAGGAUGGAGUGAAAUUGCACCGAAUUAUUCGAUUGAAUGUGUGCUUGGACAAGGAAGCUAUGGACAAGUAGUACGUUGCAAGCAUUUGCCAACAGGAGAGAUUGUGGCAAUCAAGAAGAUUCAAAAUGUCUUUUCAGAUCCAAUUGAUGCGAAGCGUAUUCUUCGUGAACUUUGUAUAUUACGACAAUUGCGACAUCCGAACAUUGUGCAGAUUCGAGAAAUUAUUUCACCAUUGGACAUGAACCACUUUCAAGACCUUUUUGUCGUUUUCGAAUAUCUUCCUUCUGAUUUAGAAAAAUUGCUGCAUUCACCACAGUUUUUGACAGCUGAGCAUUUGAGGUGGCUACUUUUAGAUCUACUCAAGGCUUUAAAGUACAUGCACUCGGCUGAAAUUGUACAUCGCGACUUGAAGCCAGCUAACGUGCUGUUAAAUCUUUCCCCGGUUGCCAUAAAAAUUUGUGACUUUGGUUUGGCGCGUGGUCUCUCGUCGUCUGCCUCGACUUUAGGACGCAAACGAAAGCGAUUAAAUGAUGGAUCAAUAUUAGAUGAAAGCACUUUGCAGGGUGUGGGUGUCCAUCCACGUACUCCUGCUGGUCGAAUCAAGCGCCAAUUAACUGAACACGUUGUCACUCGGUGGUAUCGAGCACCUGAGAUUAUCUUUCGUGAUCACGAUUACUCUGCUGCUAUUGAUGUGUGGUCGGUUGGAUGUAUCUUUGCAGAGCUACUAAGUAUGCAGAAAAGUAGUGUGCCGUCUCAUUACCAGCGCGAACCACUUUUUCCUGGAGUUUCAUGUUUUCCAUUGAGUCCAGGUGCUGGACAGGUGGCGUUGCCCCAGGAUAGUCGUGACCAAUUAAAUACAAUUUUGGACGUUCUGGGCACGAUGGAGGAAGAGGAUAUUGCUGAGAUAGCAGAUCCUGACGUACAAUACUAUUUGCGUAGUUUGCCACCUCGACCAAAGCGCAAUCUGCAGGAAAUGUAUCCAGGUGCUGAACCGGAAGCUAUUGAUCUACUUACUUGGAUGCUCAAGAUGAAUCCGAAUAAGCGUGCGACUUUAGAUGAAGCUUUGUCGCACAAGUAUUUGGCUAGCAUUCGAUCACUGGAAGAAGAACUUGUUGCUCCUGGAACGAUUCUGCUUGAAUUUGACGAAAAAAAGAUGAAUGUGUUGGAGAUUCGCCAACGGAUGAUAAGUGAGAUACGAUUUUAUCAUCCUACUGCUGGUAUUGCUGCAGUAGAUGCACAGCUCAUAGGUGUUACUAGCAAAAAAUCUAAGCAAGGGUAA